AUGGACGGCGAAUCCAGAUCGCCUCUCUUCUACCGACACGUGGCAGCAGGAGCUGUUUCAGCCGUGGUGGCGAGCGCCCUCACAUACCCUCUCGAUGUCGCGAAGACCGUCGCGCAGGCGGGUGUCGCACAGGCCAGCGUCGCACACGCGGUUGUCGCACAGACAGGCGCCGUGCAGGGCAGUACGAUCGCGGGGGGACCAGGCGGAGGAUCUUCUGGUGGACUGGCGAGAAGCGGAACAGCAGCAGCCUCAAGAGCAGCUGCUACCAGCGGUCUCAACUGGAGAAGUAGAGCCGCGUUCACGGGGUUUUCACCGCAUAUCGCGGGGCAUCUGCCAUCGCUAGCAGCCCGCUACACCACCUACCAUCUUGCCGCCGCCUACCAAAUGGGUGAGUCCACCUUCCUUCCUUCCUGCCUUGCCAUUCACCUCGCGUUCUCCUCGUGGUCUUCUAGUUCAUCAAGCAAGCCAACUCACUCAGCACGGGUACGGUUCAAUGCGGUUGAGCAUAAUGCUGUCUUUUCCCCCCUUGAGCAGCAGCAGCCUGUUCCUUUGUUAACUUGUCCUCUUCCGUCCCCUCCUUCCCCUCUUUUUACCCCGAUGGUCUGCCCUCUUGGCUCCCCAUCUCCCCGCCUCAAGCACCAGCAGCAGCAGCAGGUGCAUAGCCGGGAUGGUCUGCCCUCUUGGCUGCCCAUCUCCCCGCUUCAAGCAGCAGCAGCAGCAGGAGCCAUUGCAGGAGCGACAGAGUCUCUGCUCUACGUGCUUCACCUGAAACUUUGCUAUGGUCUGCCUUCUUGGAUGCCCAUCUCCCCACCUCAAGCAGCAUUAGCAGGAGCCAUAGCCGGGGCGACAGAGUCCCUGCUCUCCACACCAUUCGACCUCCUCAGAACCCGCCUGCUGCUCGCCACUCCCCUGCUGCCACCUGUCCCGCCCUCCCACCCCAUCUCCCUCCCCAGCCCUUCCAUCCGCAUCCACCGCCCCUCGACUCCUUCCCAACCAACCUCUUCUUCUUUAGGCAAGCCCUCCCCCAGCGAAACCUCCCCCAACCAUACCUCCUCCGGUCAAUCCGCCACCAUCAAUCAAUCUUCCAACCCCACCGCAAGGGCUGGAGUGAGGGCGGAGGGGGCAGCUCAGCUGUGGCGAGGGCUUCGAGCUGGCGUGACUCGGGACUCGCUUUUCGGAGCGGUGUUCUUUGGAGGGUGGGUGACUAUAGAGGAGGGAUUGAGGGAACUGGAGGAGCUUCAGAGGAGGAAGAGUGAGAGGGAUGGGGAGGAGGAGCAGGAAAGGACGGAGGGAGGAGGAGUGGGUGGUGGAGACAUGGGGAGGGGGAGUGUGGGGAAUGGGUAUUGGUAUGCGUUGACGCAAGGGUUGGAAGCGGCAGUGGCAGCAGCGGUGGCGUCGGUGGUGUCGCAUCCGUUUGACUGUGCCAAGACCCGCACUCAAGCCACUGUCUUGCCUAAGGGUGGGGAGGGGAUUUGGGCGGAUGGGGGGGGAAAGCGUGGGAGGGGGAAGUGGGGAAGUGAGUGGGUGAAUUGGUGGGAAAGGGGAAGGGGGGAAAGGGGAGAGACCCCGUGCUGGUGGAAAAAGGGGAGCGACCUGGCGCACCUGCUGGAGGUGCUGCGCGGCGCGGAGGACGCGCUCGCGAAGCACGCGCCGCAGCUCGACACGCUGCUCGCGUCGCUUGAUCCCGCCUUGCACUCGCUUGCCUUCCUCUUCUUUCUGUGA